AUGCUACAGUCAAUAAUUCUUGGGAAAAAAAUUGAAAUAAAUGUUACUGCUGCAAGGAAGUCAAUGUUGAAGCUAUAUCACAAAAGAUGGAGACAUCAAAAUAAACGACAUGUAAAAAAACUACUUGCAAAAGAAAAAGACAUUCAGAUAAUAGUAGAUAGAGAGAUUUGUGAAGCAUGUGUGUAUAGUAAAGCACAUUGCCUGCCAUUUGGUACCAGAAAGAUGUAUCAAAGUCUGGUGAUUUAAUAUCAAGCGAUGUUUGUGAACCAUUCAAGGAUUAAUUUUCAAAGAAAUGUUAUUUAGUUGUUUUUAAAAAUAACUACGAAAUUUCAUUAUGCAUAUUUACUCAAGAAUAAAACUAAAAUUCAACAAGUAUUUAAACAUAUGUUAGCACAUGCAAACAAGCAAGGACAUUCAAUCAAGGAGUUAUUGAGCCAUAAUGGUGGCUUCAUUGCUGAAGUUAUAUUUGAUUAAAAUGAUAUUAUACAACGAUUAACUGCACCCUACAUUCCUCAACAAAAUGAUGGCAGUGAACAUGGAAAUAGUACAAUUGUUGAAAUGGCUAGAACAUUCAAAUAUUCUAACAAAGAUGAGAUUUUCCCUGAGGCAAUUUGAACUGAGCUUGUGACUACUAUGAUAUAUAUUCUUAACAGAACAAGAAAAAGUUGAUGGUAAAAGUCCAUCUGAGCUGUGGAUGGGACAGAAACUAAGAACAAGUCACCUACAUAUUAUUGGUUCAACCUGUUAUUUUUAUGUUUUUACUGAAAAAAAUAAGAAAACUGAUCAAAAAGCUGAGUAAGGAUAUUUGGUGGGAUAUGAUAGUGAUUAAUGAUACAGGGUUUAUAUACCAGAAAAUCAUCAGAUCAUUUUGUUCAGAGAUAUAAUAUUUCAAGAAAAAAUAAGUGACUUUGAAAAUAAAGAAAUAGCUUUGUUGAAUGGUUCUGUACAUGAAAAGGAGGAUGAAGACAGACUUGUAAGUAAUGACUUUUUUGAAGAUAAAGUUACUUUAGAACAUGAUACAAGCACAUAUGAAAAAUAUCGAACUGGUAAUUUAAAAGUCUGAACAUGAAGAAGAGAUUCUAUAGAGAUAACUCAAAGAUCGUUCAAUACUCAAGAAACCAAAACACUCGGAUGACUUUAUGUUAGCAGAUGGGUUUGUCUGUGAAACAGAAUACCCUGAGAAAUUUCAAGAGGCCUUAGAUAGUUCACAAAGUACUGAAUGGAAGAAAGCAGUAAGGAGGAAAUUGAUUUUCUAAAAGAAAAUCAGACUUGGGAACAAACAAGCUUACCAAAUUAUGCCAAGGCAAUUCAGUGCAAAUAGAUGUUUCGUUUAAAGACAAAUCCUGAUGGUGGUGUUGAUAAGUACAAAGCAAGGUUAGUCAUCAAUGUUAUGGAAUUGACUAUGAUCAAACUUUCAGUUCAGUUGCAAAAAUGGCAAAAAAAAAUAAACUAAAAAGCAAAGAAAGUUCUUGAACGUUUGGAUUUUCAAGUUGCUAACAGAUUUCAUCUCCAAUACUGAAAGGUGCUGAUGUAUCACAAUCAAGAAAAGAUGAUACUAAGAAUCACAAUUAUCCAUACAGACAAGCUGUUGAUGCUUUGGUGUAUUUAAUACUAGGCCAGAUCUUGCAUAUCACACAGUAUUAUUGUCAAAGUUACUUGAAACACCAUCACUAGAAAAUGUUGUUAGAGUAAAAAGAGUCUUCCGAUACAUUGCUGGAACUGUCAAUCUUGGAAUAUAAUAUCAAUGUAAAGUGAACAAGGAUGUGUUGAAAUGUUUCAGUGAUGAAGUUUUGGUGGUUUUACAAAGACUGGCAGAUCAACCUCUGAUGUGUUCAUUAAAUAUACAGGUGGCACAACCUCUUGGCUCAGUCAAUGACAAAGAGUAG